AUGUCCUCCACAACAAAAUUAACUAAGCGUCAACAAAAAGCUAUUGCUUUUCGAACAAAUCGAGGAAAAAAGGUUAAAUUAAUCGCAGAUAAUGAUGAGAAAAAGGAUUUUAUUGAAAUCGAUAGAUUACUAGAAAAAAGUAAAAAGAGAAAGUAUAUAAAAGAGGAAGUUGAACUAAAAAAACAUAAAAUCAAAGGGCUUGAAAAUCAUACUGAGGAUCAAGAUACUGAUGAAUAUGUUGACGUCAAUGAAAAAAUUCAUGAUAUUGAAGAAAUACGGAAUUUAGAUGAAAAUGCUAAGUCAAUAAAAGGACAAAAUUGUGUAGGAGGAAAUAUAGCAAGCGGAAUUGCACAAGAUAAUCAAGAAAAAAGUGAACCAAAUAAUGUUAAAUUGAAAAAAAAAUCGCCAAGAUUUAUUAUAUUUGUCGCUAAUUUACCAUAUAACACAAAAGGUGAAGAAUUAUCAAAGCAUUUUGAAUCUGCAGGUGUUCCUUUAUCAAUCCGCUUAAUUACUGAUAAAAAUACAAAAAAACAAAAGGGAUUUGCUUUUAUAGAGUUUGAUAAUUCACAGUCUAUGAAAAAAGCUUUGAUAUUUCAUCACACAAUUUUCAAGAAAAGACGGAUAAGAGUUGAAUUAACAGUUGGUGGCGGCGGUAAUAAAAGCGAAAUCCGUCGUAAAAAACUUGAAAUAAAGAAAAAGCAAUUAAAAGAUGAAAGAUCUAAAUGUCCCCAAGUUGUUGAUCAAAAUGAAUCAGCUCAAAUGUUAAAAGUCACUUCCCAGCCUGAUCGUAAGGUACAAACUAAAAUUAAAAAGCCAAAGUUAAAGGGUUCAAAUGCUAUUAAGCUUAAUAAUGUUAGAACCUUUGGAUGA